AUGUCAUUCAAGGACUACCAGGCCCUCUUAGACGAGGACGGCAUUUGCGAGGAGCUGUGUGAGAUUUUGGACAUGGACAAGGACGAGCUUCUGGCUGCAUGGGAAGGCUUCCCUAAGGAGAACCGGCAGAUGUAUGGUGGGCACCAUGAGAUUGUCGCUCGAGAUAACUUCGUCGACUCGCUGAUGAAGGCGAAGGGAGCAGUGGACCUCCUGUCAGUCACCCGCGUAUAUCAGAAGCUGGCCCGGAUCGAGAAGGCCCUUCGUGUUCCGACAUCAUGA